GGAAAAACCAGCUAUUCAGCCCAUACAUAUACACACACAUUCUAUAUAACCAACAUAUGAAUUAGGGUUUCUUACUUCUUCUCCGCCAGCAUCCUCUCAGAGUAUCAGGUAAGCGGCACCUUCUCAAUUCAACCAAAAAUGGUCAAGGGCAGGCAAGGCGAGCGUGUCAGGCUCUAUGUGCGAGGAACAAUCUUGGGCUACAAGAGAUCGAAAUCAAACCAGUACCCCAACACAUCUUUAGUUCAGAUUGAAGGAGUGAACACAAAGGAAGAGGUCUCAUGGUACCAAGGCAAGCGCGUGGCUUACAUUUACAAGGCCAAAGUUAAGGUUAAGGGGUCCCAUUAUCGUUGCAUUUGGGGCAAGGUCAUUAGGCCUCAUGGUAACACCGGUAUUGUUCGUGCUAAGUUCACCUCCAAUCUCCCACCCAAAUCCAUGGGAUCGAGGGUGAGGGUCAUGAUGUUCCCGAGCAAUAUAUGAGGAUCACUGUACUGGUGGAAACAUGUCAUUGCUUGCUUUGGAAGGGUUUUGCUGACCAGGUCGAAGCCAGUGAUGUAUUAGAUAGAUUUUUUUCCGGUGCAAACUUAGAAUCUAAGACUUUGGUUUUAUGUAAUUUCUGGGUGUUGAGAAAGACUAGUAUUUGGCAUAAUUUUUGUUCAUUUAAAUUGCGAUACUUGAAAUCUUUGGAUGAGAAUGACCAUUUUAUUAUAA